AAACUAGGCUUCACUUGUUCUGUAGCUACGCUUCUGGAAGACAUUCAAGUGUUAACUGCGAAAACUCAGAAAACAAGUGAACACUACAUACGUUUCUAGAGAAAAAUAAGGACAACUUCAAAAAUUCUGGUAUUACCCAAAGCUUCAUACGCAGUGAAUGCUGCUAACAGUCGGCCUGGCUAUAACUUCCAAUUUCGUUGCGUUCCAGCAAAACACAGAGGCUCGGUGGAGAACAGCGUUUUCAUGUUACUGGCCCUGUUUCAGAUUCGCAUACUGAACAACGUUUGAACGCCUAACUGCAACUUUUUAAUUAAGGACAAAACUCAAAAACAAAUUACUCCAACUUAAGGCACAGUCACUGUGCCUUUAAGAGUCGGGAGGCGAGCAGUCGCUUGCAUUCUACGUCACAUUGAUUGUCAGGCUGGCUAACCAAUCGUUACCACCGUGUGUCAGGUGGGCUAACUAAUCGCACUUCACAUCCAAGUCGGACGCUUGCUGAAGGUUGACUUAUAAAGAUGGGGGUGAAAAUUGAAAUUUUCCGGAUGGUGCUCUACCUGUCCUUUCCUGUGGCCAUGUUCUGGAUCUCCAAUCAGGCCGGAUACUUUGAGGAAUAUGUUGUGAAACGAAAGAGAGAAAUCUUUCCACCUGAUGAGAAGAUGCAGAGGAAAGAGUUAGAAGAUUUUAAGCAGAGAAUGAGGAAGAGGAGAGAGGAGAAGUUUUUAAAGCAGAUGGGAAUCCCAGAAUCGCAAGAAGACUAAGCAAACGCCACUUGUCAUAGACCUGAAUGUGCCUCCUCUUGGAAAGUCUUCAUCAGAACAUGGCUGCCAUGUAGCCUGUCUGGUUACCAUGUGGCUGAAUGAAUGAAGACCUGUUGCUUUUGAACCGGUACUGAUAACUCUUUGGUAACUGGUUAAAUGAUUUUAUGGGAAGGCUGAUAUUCUGCAGUGGAUGUUAUGUGUAAUGUGAUAGUCGCUAGUGGGAGAGGCUCAGGAUGUUUUAUUUAUUACAGACAUUAAAUUAAUUAGCAAACAAGUGUAUAGUCUUCAUCAGGUCAAUGCUCAUGCUGUGUUUUAAAUGUUAACAUCUGCAGAGUUCUUCACACAGUCGUUUGGUAUUAAAGGUUUUGUAUAUUUUA